GUUGAAGAAGGAGAUCGAGGCGGACAAGCUCGCAACGAGGGCGGAUAGCUUCCUCACACAUGACUCUGUCACGGCAAGCGACAUUGCGCAGGUGAUUGCCCGCGCCACUGGCAUCCCGGUCCAGAAGCUCAUGACAGGAGAGCGCGACAAACUCAUUCACAUGGAUACCGAGCUGCGCCGUCGCAUUCUUGGGCAAGACGAGGCAAUUGAAUCUAUCACAAACGUCGUUCGCAUCUCCCGCGCCGCACUGCAUUCACACAAACGACCCCUUGGAUCAUUUCUUUUUCUGGGCCCCACAGGUGUUGGUAAGACGGAGGUGUGCAAGCAACUUGCGAAGUUCCUCUUUGACGAUGAAUCCUUCAUUUGCCGCAUUGACAUGAGCGAGUACAUGGAGCGGCACUCCGUCCACCGCCUCAUUGGAGCUCCGCCAGGUUACGUCGGGUACGAGGAGGGUGGCGAACUCACGGAAUCCGUGCGGCGACGUCCGUACCAAAUUGUUCUCUUCGAUGAGUUUGAGAAGGCACACCCAAGCGUGUCCAACAUCCUCCUGCAAGUGCUCGACGAGGGGCACCUCACCGACAGCCAUGGCCGGCGCGUUGACUUCAAGAACACCAUUAUCAUCCUCACCUCAAACAUCGGCGCAGAAGUCAUCGCGGCUCUUCCGGAGGGAGUUCCGUCCUCAAAGGCGAUACCGGAAGUGAUGCGGCUGGUGCAGCAGCGCAUGACACCGGAGUUUAUCAAUCGACUGGAUGACAUCAUCAUGUUUAACCGUCUUGGGCGGAAGGAGACACGCAAGAUUGUGGAGCUGCUAUUCGAUCAGGUGCGGGCGAUGCUGCGAGAGCAGGAUAUCACGCUGGAGACGACAUCGGAUGUGUACGACUGGUUUGGUGAGAAUGGCUACAGCGCGGUGUACGGCGCCCGGCCUCUCAAACGCCUCGUGCAGUCGGUGCUGCUUAACCGCCUUGCGCUGAUGCUGCUGGACGGCCGUGUGCGGGAGAAGGAGACGGUGAAGGUGGAGAUGCGUGCUGGCGAGGUGUACGUCGUACCGAAUCACGAGGCUGUCAAUACGACAAACAACGCUGCUGACGACAUUGGCCUUAUCGCUUAG